UCACAGAUAGCUCAGACAACACACUGAGCGGGGGCAGGAGGGGUAAACGUCUAGGAAACAAAUAGUAGAUGCACUCCCAAAGAAGACGUCUGCCACUUCUGGCCCUCUGAAAGGUUAGUUUGAUCAUUCCUCAUCUCCUACAUGCACUGAGAACCUGAUCUGCCCGUGCGAUGAGAGGAGAGAGUAAGAAAAUACGCACGUUGAGAGAGGUCCUCCAUGGAGCUUGAUGGGACUUUAAUGUCUUGCUGCCGAGGAAUCUCGCAACCCCGGUCAUCCUUUAAAAACCACUUACAUCUUCAUCUUUGCUGGAAAACUGGCAUGGAACACCACAGAUAACUUUGAGACAUUUUUAGAGAGCACAAAAUAAUUUGGUUAAAAACUCAAACAUACUAUUUUAAGGACGUGAACCAGAGAACGAACUGAAGAGCUGAAAGACGAGACAAGAAGAAAGGUCUGGUUUCUGAGCUCCACAACGACCACCCCAUUACUCAUUUGACUUGAAACUUUGGGGUGACGAGGGUCGCAGAAAAAGCCAUGGAUACAGCUACAGAAGGUGUUGUGGUAAGUGAGGCUCUUGUCCAGUUCAAGGCCACCUUGCAAGCUGCCGUGAGGGAGGUACACGUGGAUGUAAGUGCUUUCAAGCAGCGCAUAGAGCAGAGGAUCGAGGAGCUGUGCAUCUCCAACGGACCCUUGGCCGAGGCGGUGAGCAGGCUGCAGGAGGAGAACCUGCAGCUCAGGGCGAAGCUGGACGGCCUGAGCCGUCUGGUGGAGGGUCUCGCCGGGGUGAAGGUGGAGAAGAGUCCUGCUGAAGUGAAGGUGAAGAGCAGGGAAGAAAGUUUAGAGAAUGGACAUGCACAGAUACAGUCCAAGACCCAAGAAGACCAGAGGGGUCUGCUUAACUCAGAAAGAAGAUCAGAGGACAGCCUGUCCAGUCUGUCCACGUCCACAUACUCUGAACCGUCUGGGUCGAGUGGAGGAUCGGGCCAUGCUGUCUCUGCUGCCGCCGCCGCCACUGCACUCGGCAACACCUCAGGCCCUCCUCCAUGGAGAGCAAAGAGACAUGCCGACAUUAACGGAACUGAUGCAAGAGGGGAGAAAAAUGUCGCCACAACUGCACAGGAGAACGGAAGUUCAUCACUGGACAGUGAUGCAGCCCAAACUGCUGAAGCCCAGUCCCAUCAGCCUCUCACUGCCGUCACAAAACCAAACCCAGAGUCUUCUGCCGUUACCAGCUCUCUUCAGCCUACAGUGGAAACCACCAAAAUCCCUGACCAGGAGGAACCAGGUCUUCUGACCAAACCUCAUCUUCCCCUCACUGCAAUGAUGAAAUCCAGCUCCGAAGCUCCGUCUCUCCCUCAGCCUCCUGCUAAAUGUGAUGCUGAUGAACCCCAGCCCCACCUUCCUGUCACUGCCAUGACAACCAAACCCAGUCCUGACGGUCUACUUGCUGCCAAGUCUGCUCAGUCUCCGGCGUUAGCGCCUAAAGCAGCGGGCCAUUCUGCAGCAGAGGCUCAAACAGGGGAGGCAGGAGAAUAUUCUUUUCUGAGGGCUACAACCAAAAGCAGCUCUGAGACUCCUGCUCCACCUAAACCUGAUCUGAGUCCUGCUUCUGCGCUGAAUCCUUCCAUACCAGAAUCCCCAACGAUAAAGCGAGGCGAAUAUCCAUUCAGACGGGGUGAGCACGUUGCUGCAAGCGAAUCCAAGCCACACCUGCCUCUCUCCGCCUUGACCAAACCCAACACAGAGUCUUCAUCAGCAGCUACACCAGCUCAGUCUGCAAGUCUUUCAGCAUCACAGGACCCUGCAGUAAAACCAGGGGAAUAUCCCUUUAAGCGAGUACCAGUUCUCAAGACGCCCAGUCCCAGUCUGAAGAGAAGUGUGAGCUUUCCACAGUCUGCAGAAAAAUUACUUCCCUCCAAAUCAAUCAUAAAAUCUGGUUUCUCGCCUAAUUUGGACAAGAAAGCGAAUAAGUCAGGAGGUGUUGAGUUUAAGCAGGAUGUAAUGAAAUCGCAAACACUUCCACGCUCCAAUGGGGCUCAGGCCAAACGGGCUCUCUUCGAAAGGAUGAACUCAGAGCCUACAAAGCCAAAGGACUCUAAGCCUAAACUCAAGCGCUCUCAGAGUUUCGGAGUGUCCAAUGCCAGUGGAAUAAAACAGAUUCUCUUGGAGUGGUGCCGCUCAAAAACCAUUGGCUAUCAGAACAUAGAUAUUCAGAACUUCUCGUCCAGUUGGAGUGAUGGGAUGGCCUUCUGCGCUCUGGUUCACUCUUUCUUCCCCCUGGAGUUUGACUAUAACACACUGAACCCUGCAAACCGCAAACAAAACUUGGAGCUGGCUUUCACAACUGCAGAGGAGCAGGCUGACUGUCUCCGUCUGAUCGAGGUGGACGACAUGCUGGAGAUGGGGGACAAGCCAGACCCCAUGUGUGUGUUUACGUACGUCCAGUCCCUCUACAACCACCUGAAGAAGUUUGAUUAACUCUGUAUCAGAGUAGAUGACGAAAUCUAAAUGUUUUUAACCACAGUGUGUUGUGAGCACUUUGAAUGGAGCCCGGAAACCAGCCUCUGACAAAUCACUUAAACAAUGAUAUUAGAGUUUGACAAAUGUCUUUCUACAGCCAAGUCACAUUUGAUCAGUUUUAUACUGUAUGUGUGUGUUCACCAGUUUCCCCUCAUUUCCUGUAGCAUUUAUAGUGGACUACUGAUUCUUUGUGAUGUGUGUGGCUCUAUUGAUGUUGUAUUUACAAAAGGGCUUUGUGUAAUUCUAAAAUCGGUAACAAAAUGAAGCUAAUUUAAUAAAUGAUAAUAGUUUAUAACAGCUGCUGUUGAUCGAUCAGCAUUUGGGAACAUGUUACAAAUCAAAAAGUUAUGAACCAGUGUAGAGACGCGUUAGUAACAAUAAACUGAAGUCUUGCCUGUUGAAUCUUGUAAUAAGGCAAAAUAAAGCUAUUUUGUAACUUUU